AUGAAAAGUAUAAUAAAUCGUAUCCUGUCUGGGUUCAAUUCAACGGAGUAUGGCUUGUCUGCUGACUUUUUGCUAACAAAGCUAACACAAAUGAAGGGUUGUGGAUGUAAAGUUCCGAGAGAGGUUUUGUUGGAACUUUUGAAAGACUUGAAAACAAAUGAUAAAAGUAUCGGAUUGGAUAGCUGUGUGAUUCCUUUACGGCAUCAAGGCCUGUUUCUCGUCCAGACGACAGAUUUUUUCUACCCUCUUGUUGAUGAUCCAUACAUAAUGGGCAGGAUCACAUGUGCAAAUGUUCUGAGUGAUUUAUAUGCGAUGGGAGUGGCUGAUUGUGACAAUAUGUUGAUUUUGCUUGGCAUACCCAAAGAUAUCAGUGAUAACGAGCGGGACGUUGUUGCUACUAAUUUCUUCCGUGGUUUUAAGGAUACUGCAACAGAAGCCGGUACCACCAUCAGAGGUGGUCAGACGGUACGUUGUCCUUGGUUGUUGUUGGGUGGGGUAGCUACAAGUGUGUGCAGCGCUGAUGAAAUGGCUACGGUUGACGGAGCACGCCCUGGUGAUGUUCUUUUGCUCACCAAACCACUUGGAGGUCAGGUGGCAGUAAAUUCAUAUGAAUGGGUGAAGAGAGGAAAUUCACGUGUGAAGGAACUGAAAUUAGAUGAAGCAAGAAUUGUGCGCGCAUAUCAACAAGUCGUUGAACAAAUGUGCCGACUAAACAGAAAUGCUGCACGCAUGACUUUGAAGUAUGGUACCCACGCUUCAACGGAUAUAACUGGCUUUGGAAUUCUAGGACAUGCUGACAAUUUGGCGAAAGCGCAGAAAAUGGGAGUGCAAUUUGUCAUUCAUACCCUGCCUAUAAUUGAUUAUAUGGCCGAAGUCUCAAAGACAAUGGGUAAUGGUUUCAAUCUAUUCAGCGGGACAUCUGCAGAGACAUCAGGCGGACUCUUAAUUGCUGUCGAAAAAGAGAAGGCGGAACACCUAAGAACCGAACUGGAACAGCUAGAUGGAUUCCCGAUAUGGCUUGUGGGUGACGUCAUCAGCGGUUCACGUGGUGCUGUUAUUACUGAGGACGUAAAAAUCGUCUCUGUAACUUCAAAAAUACACCCUGUCUAA